GCAGGAGCCGCAGCACCGCCAUGGGCACGGAGGAGACGGAGCAGGAGAAGCGGGAGAAGCAGGAGGAGGGAAGGGAAGGGAAGGUCAGCAGCGCUUUCCGCUUCCUGCGGGGCGGAGCGCCCCCUCCGCGCUCCCGGGGCCGUUGCUCGCAGCGCUCCCCGCCCUCCGCGUUCCGUCACCGGGUAACGCUCCGUGCCCUCGGCCCGUCCGGCCCGGCCAUGUCCGGUCAGAGCCCGGGGGUUCCCCGGCGCUUCCAGGAGCUGACCCUGUGCCGCGGGUUCGGGCAGCCCCCGCUGCACCCGCGCUUCAGGACCGCCAACCAGAGCUACGGCAGCCGGGCCCCCACGGUGCACGAGCUGCCGAACUCCUUCCACUCCAUGCCACACAAAUUUUCCGAACACCUGGGCAAGAGCGGCAUGUACAGGAACGACAGCCUGAACACGUCCCUGGAGAGGAGUCACUGCACGGGCUCUGACACCUUCAUCACCGCCUACGAGCACCUGGAUUUCCACCCCAGCUACAACCCCAGUGGCCCCUCGCACUGCAGGGACCAGCCCCCGUGAGCACAGCUCUGCCUGCCUCGGUUAGAUUGCACAGGGAGUGCUGUGAGAUGUAAUAUAUUAAAUAUUUCAUGGGGUUAUGUGUGUUAGGUAGCUUGUGUGAAGUGUUUUAGUUGAUUUAUCAAAGUUCUAUAUUUAUCCCCUUCUCUGUCACUAAUGAUCCUUUACACUCUUGCCUCAUGUAGCACUUUUCAUUAAAAAUUAAGAUCUAAACU